GCGCGAGAGAGAGAGAGAGAGAGAGAGAGAGGUACCCCCCGCACAAAAUCCAAAAAGAGAAUCUCUAACAUCCAAAUUUACAGGAAAAAAAUGCAAAUGUCAAAGACUGGAACCCCAACAGCGACGUUACCAGAAUGAAGAAAGCCAAUGUGCGAAAACCCUAAGAUCUUCUUCUCCUCCUCUUGGUUUUAGAGUCUUGGAUUCGAAUUUUGGUUUUAGAGUCUUGGAUUCGAAUCGCCGAAAUGGAGGCUCUGACGGAGCUAUGCGACCUGGUGGCGCGGAACCCGACCCAAUUUCCUGAGAAGCUCGCGUGGAUGUGCAACCGGUGCCCCCAACCCGACUCGCUAUCGUCCGGAUCUCCUCGGGUCUCGCGUUCUCAGCUCAAUGCCGUUCUCGCCGUGGCCCGAUUCCUCUCCAAAUGCUCCGAUUCCUCCGAUACGCGACCCAAAUCCGUCGUUCUCGAGUUCCUCCACUCCGUUCCCUCAUCCUUCACCCAGUCUUUCUGGCCGCAAUCCUUCACCACCGAGUCGAUCGCCUCCUUCUUCGCCGAUUUCCUGAGCUACGUCGCUGAGGCCGCCGAAUUGUCCUCCGAUUUCGCCGCCGAUAUCGCGGCGUUCUCCGGCGACGUCGUUUUAUUUGCGAUUGCUCAGAAUUCCGCGAUUUCUAGGGUAUUCUUGACGGCCUUGUCGCAGAAUUUCUUGCCGAUUUUGCCCUCUGACGCCGAUAGAUUCGUCACGUGCCUCCUCGAUCAGCUCUCGAUCCCGGUCCUCGUCCCCGGCACGCCGAGAGAGCAGGUUCCGGCCGCAAAUUCCGAGACCUCGUCGGCGCAGAGCUCGCCGUUGAGCGUGAACCAUUACCAGCAGAACGAGAGCGAAGCGAGUCCCGGAAAUGAGUUGAGCCACGUGUCGGGUUCGACGUCGAGUUCGAGGGUUGGGGACGAGGUGACCAGUGCGACGUCGUCAAGGGGGUCGAUUGUGAUGAAUGGGGGCAGCAUUUUGUGGAAGAGUGGGAGUGGGGUUGAUCAGUUGGGUGUGAAUUUGGGGCUCAACGAUGGAGGUGGAACUAUGUAUAGGCAACAGGUCACUUCGUUCGAGGAAGAGUCCGUGGAGAGCUUGGAGAAGCAGGAAAUUGCGUUCAAAUUGAUUGCCCACAUUUUGGACAAGGUUCAAAUUGAUUCCAGGCUUUUGGAGCAGGUGAGGUUGAUCGUCAAGAAGCAGCUCCAAUCUUUGUCCGUUUUUCUAAAGAUUAGGAAGCGGGAUUGGAACGAACAAGGGGCGCUUUUGAAGGCCAGAAUCAAUAUGAAAUUGUUGGUUUAUCUGGCUGCUGCCAAGUUGAAAAUUAAGAGCAUUGGGGCCCUUGACUCUGAUGGAAAAUCCACCAAGAGGUUGGUGCACGAGGCAGUUGCAUUGUUGAUUGAUGCUGCUGAAGCUUGUUUGCUCUCGGUUUGGCGCAAGCUGAGAGCUUGUGAAGAACUCUUUGGUUCCUUGCUCGCAGGAGUUGCACAAGUUGCUGUGGCUCGAGGAGGUCAGCUGCUGCGCGUAUUGCUCAUCCGCCUUAAACCCAUUGUGCUGGCUGUUUGUGCACAGGCUGAUACUUGGGGCAGUAGCCAGGGAGCUAUGUUUGAGAGUGUCAUGAAGACUAGUUGUCAAAUAAUUGAAUCUUGCUGGACCAAGGAGCGGUCUUCUGUGGAUACUUAUAUCAUGGGAUUGGCUACAAGUAUACGUGAACGAAAUGAUUACGAGGAACAGGCUGAUAAAGAGAAACAGGCAGUUCCUGUUGUGCAACUUAAUGUUAUACGCUUGCUAGCUGAUGUGAAUGUGGCUGUCAAAAAGUCGGAAGUAGUGGACAUGAUAUUACCUCUUUUCAUUGAAAGCUUAGAAGAGGGUGAUGCUUCAACUCCUAGUUUAUUGCGACUCCGACUUCUUGAUGCUGUAUCUCGCAUUGCAAGUCUAGGGUUUGAGAAGUCUUAUCGUGAGACAGUAGUUCUGAUGACAAGAAGUUACUUAGGUAAACUUUCAAGUAUAGGAUCUGCUGAAAGCAAAACAGUGGCACCUGAAGCCAAUACAGAACGUGUUGAGACUCUUCCUGCAGGUUUUCUUCUGAUUGCUAGUGGUCUUACGAGUGCGAAAUUGCGUUCAGACUAUCGUCAUCGUUUGCUAUCUUUGUGCUCAGAUGUAGGCCUGGCUGCUGAGUCCAAAAGUGGAAGGAGUGGAGCAGAUUUUCUGGGGCCUCUGCUUCCUGCUAUCGCUGAAAUAUGUUCUGAUUUUGAUCCUACUGUAGAUGUGGAACCUUCACUUUUGAAGUUAUUUCGCAACCUAUGGUUCUAUGUUGCUCUUUUUGGCUUAGCACCUCCCAUACAGAAGAUUCAACUACCAACAAAGUCAGUAUCCAGUACACUGAACAGCGUGGGAAGCAUAGGUGCUAUUGCUCUUCAAGCUGUGGGUGGACCAUACAUGUGGAAUACACUCUGGUCUUCUGCUGUUCUGCGUAUUGCUCAAGGGACUCCUCCACUAGUUGUUAGCUCCGUGAAAUGGCUCGAAGAUGAGUUAGAACUCAAUGCUCUUCACAACCCGGACAGUCGUCGAGGGAGUGGCAAUGAGAAAGCUGCUGUAACCCAGAGAGCUGCUCUUUCUGUUGCUCUAGGAGGGCGAGUUGAUGUUGCAGCAAUGAGCACAAUUUCAGGUGUAAAAGCUACCUAUCUUCUUGCAGUAGCUUUUCUGGAAAUUAUACGCUUCAGCAGCAAUGGUGGCAUCCUUAAUGGUGGCACUGUUGUGACUACUUCUAGAAGUGCCUUCAGUUGUGUCUUUGAAUACCUAAAAACUCAAAAUCUCAUGCCAGCUGUCUUCCAGUGUUUAACAGCAAUUGUCCACAGGGCAUUUGAAACAGCAGUAUCGUGGCUGGUGGAUCGAAUAUCUGAUACAGGUGAUGCAGCUGAUGUCAGAGACUCAACUCUUUAUGCCCAUACAUGUUUUCUCAUCAAAAGUAUGUGCCGGAGGGAGGAACACAUACGGGACAUUGCUGUGAACCUGCUGACUCAGUUGAGAGAUAGGUUUCCGCAGGUUUUGUGGAAUUCAUCUUGUCUAGAUUCACUGCUGUUCUCAAUUCACAAUGAGUCACCUUCUGCUGUUGUCAAUGAUCCUGCUUGGAUGGUGGCAGUUCGUUCUUUGUACCAAAAGAUUGUUCGAGAAUGGAUUGCCAAAUCACUUUCAUAUGCUCCUUGCACUAGCCAGGGUCUUCUACAGGAAAAGCUUUGCAAAGCAAACACAUGGCAAAGAGCACAGCAUACAACUGAUGUGGUUUCUCUUUUAUCUGAGACAAGAAUUGGAACAGGUAAAAAUGAUUGCUGGACAGGCAUACAAACGGCAAAUAUUCCGGCAGUCAUGGCUGCUGCAGCUGCAGCAUCUGGAGCAAACUUAAAAUUAACAGAAGCCUUUAACUUGGAGGUGCUCAGUACUGGUAUAGUCAGUGCAACAGUGAAAUGCAACCAUGCAGGAGAGAUUGCUGGCAUGAGAAGGUUGUACAAUAGCAUUGGUGGAUUUCAAUCAGGUGCUUCAACGGGCUUUGGGUUUGGGGUUGGCCUUCAAAGGUUGAUAUCUGGAGCAUUUCCUCAACAGUCACAGGCCGAGGAUGAUGUUUUCAAUGCAAUGCUGCUUACUAAGUUUGUGCGUUUACUUCAACAAUUUGUUAACAUUGCAGAAAAAGGUGGGGAAUUGGACAAGUCACAAUUUCACGAAACUUGUUCUCAGGCCACUGCAUUACUCCUGUCAAAUCUGGGUACUGAAUCAAAAUCAAAUUUAGAGGGCUUCUCACAACUUCUACGUCUUCUUUGUUGGUGUCCGGCUUACAUUUCUACACCUGAUGCAAUGGAAACUGGUGUUUUCAUUUGGACGUGGUUGGUUUCUGCUGCACCUCAAUUGGGAUCUCUUAUACUUGCCGAGCUUGUUGAUGCAUGGUUAUGGACAAUUGAUACAAAGCGAGGUCUUUUUGCCUCCGAAGCAAGGUGCUCAGGGCCUUCUGCAAAAUUAAGGCCACACCUUGUUUCUGGGGAGCCAGAAAUGCAGCCUGAAACUGAUCCUGUUGAGCAGAUAAUUUCUCAUAGACUAUGGCUUGGAUUUUUCAUUGACCGUUUUGAGGUGGUUCGACACAAUAGCGUUGAGCAACUCUUGCUCCUUGGUCGGUUGUUGCAAGGGACCACAAAACUCCCUUGGAACUUUUCACGCCAUCCUGCAGCCACUGGUACUUUUUUCACUGUCAUGCUUCUUGGGCUAAAGUUCUGCUCAUGCCAGUCCCAGGGCAAUCUGCAGAAUUUUAAAACAGGGCUUCAGCUGCUGGAGGACCGGAUUUAUAGGGCCUCUUUGGGCUGGUUUGCUUAUGAGCCUGAAUGGUAUGACAUGAACAAUAUGAAUUUCACUCAGAGUGAGGCUCAAUCUGUCUCUUUAUUUGUUCACUACCUUUCAAAUGAGCGAGUAGAUGCUCUUCAAUCUGAUUCAAAAGCACAGGCACGUGAAAAUGGAACUUCAUUAAUUGACGUGAACAAUCAGUAUCACCCUGUCUGGGGCCAGAUGGAGAACUAUGCAGUGGGAAGAGAAAAGCGAAAGCAGCUACUUCUAAUGCUAUGCCAGCAUGAGGCCGAUAGGCUAGAAGUUUGGGCUCAACCCCUUAACUCAAAGGAAAGUACAUAUUCCCGGCUUAAAAUUAGCUCGGAGAAAUGGAUUGAAUACGCUAGGACAGCUUUCUCUGUGGAUCCUAGAAUUGCUUUUUCCUUGGCCUCAAGGUUCCCGACAAACAUAUAUUUGAAGACUGAAAUAGUUCAGCUGGUUCAGUCACAUAUGGUGGACAUCCGCUGCAUACCUGAAGCAUUACCAUAUUUUGUCACCCCAAAGGCAGUUGAUGAAAAUUCUGCACUUUUGCAACAAUUGCCACACUGGGCUGCUUGUUCAAUUACACAAGCUCUUGAGUUCCUCACUCCUGCUUAUAAGGGUCAUCCGCGUGUUAUGGCAUAUGUUCUUAGGGUUCUGGAGUCCUAUCCUCCAACAAGAGUAACCUUCUUCAUGCCACAGCUCGUGCAGGCCCUGCGAUAUGACGAAGAGAGGUUAGUAGAGGGAUAUUUACUCAGAGCAGCUCAAAGAGAUGAUAUAUUUGCUCAUAUUCUGAUAUGGCAUCUACAGGGUGAGGAGGUGGCAGUAUCAGAAUCAGGGAAAGAGGCUGCCUCUGGGAAGAAUAGUUCGUUUCAAGCACUGAUACCAAUUGUUAGACAGCGCGUUAUUGAUGGUUUUGCUCCCAAGGCACUUGACUUGUUUAAACGAGAAUUUGAUUUCUUUGACAAAGUUACAUCGAUUUCUGGCAAACUUUUUCCAUAUUCCAAGGAAGAGCGCCGAGCUCGAAUCCGAAGUGAGUUGGAGGAAAUUGAAGUGCAAGGAGGAGACCUCUAUUUACCAACUGCUACUAACAAGCUUGUCAGGGGAAUUCGGGUGGAUAGUGGAAUACCCUUACAGUCGGCAGCAAAAGUCCCCAUCAUGAUUACAUUUAAUGUGGUAGAUCGGGAUGGGGACCAAAAUUAUACAAAGCCCCAAGCUUGCAUUUUCAAGGUCGGAGAUGAUUGUCGACAGGAUGUUCUUGCUCUUCAAGUGAUAGCACUUCUUCGAGACAUAUUUGAAGCAGUUGGACUUCAUCUCUAUCUGUUCCCUUACGGUGUUCUCCCAACUGGCGCGGAGAGAGGCAUAAUUGAGGUUGUGCCUAAUACACGAAGCAGAAGUCAGAUGGGUGAAACGACAGAUGGUGGUUUAUAUGAGAUUUUUCAACAGGACUACGGGCCUGUUGGCUCUCCAAAUUUCGAAGCUGCACGUGAGAAUUUUAUCAUUAGCAGUGCUGGUUAUGCAGUUGCCAGCCUUUUACUUCAACCAAAGGAUAGGCACAAUGGGAAUCUUCUUUUUGACAAUGUGGGGAGGCUUGUUCACAUCGAUUUUGGUUUCAUCCUGGAAACUUCACCUGGUGGAAAUAUGCGCUUUGAAAGUGCACACUUUAAGCUGAGCCAUGAGAUGACACAACUACUAGACCCAUUGGGGGGUAUGAAAAGUGAAACUUGGAUCCAAUUUGUAAGGUUAUGCGUGAAGGGGUACCUUGCUGCCCGCCGUUAUAUGGAUGGGAUUAUCAACACAGUAUCGUUAAUGCGAGAUAGUGGAUUACCCUGCUUCAGCAGGGGUGACCCCAUUGGAAACCUUCGCCGGAGAUUUCAUCCUGAGAUGAGUGAGCGGGAGGCAGCCAAUUUCAUGAUCCAUGUGUGCACAGAUGCUUACAACAAGUGGACAACUGCUGGGUAUGACUUGAUACAAUAUCUGCAGCAGGGCAUUGAGAAGUAAAAGAAAAACAGGGAAUUUUGGAGCUAGACUUCAUUUGUACAUGAUUGGUUGUAUUUCUAUCUUAUAAUUGUCAUAUAUCUGCGAUUUUUCCUGGGGGAUGCCCACUGUAGUAGUGUUGAGGUGAGUACUGUAAAAACGGCUAACACAUAAUUGAGUUGUCUGUAACCUAGUACUGGGAUUCCUCCUGAGGUUUGUAAAAAUAUAGUUUGUAGUUGAUAUUUAUUAAUGAAAUUCACAGGCUAUUGCGUUUA